AUGGAAGACAUUCGCCAAUCUGAGGGACUCGAUGAGACACCCAGACCAUGCGACAGGUUUGACUUGAUAGGGGGCACAAGCACCGGCGGGAUCAUCGCCAUCAUGCUUGGCAGGCUAGGCAUGACUGUCGACGAGUGUAUCCGUGCUUACGACCAAGUCGGGGAGGCAGCCUUUACUCCUAAAACUCGAUCGCGAUUGAGUAUCGCACCGCCCAGAGGCGCAUAUUCCGCUACCAACCUUGAAGAAGCCAUAAAAAAAGUGGUCUCAGCAUUAGCACCAACCAUAACAGGUCCGCUAACAGGCUAUAGUGUUGUCCUAGCUAUAACAAAAGACAAUGUGGAUGCCCCACCCACUCUUUUUACCACCUACGACACCAGCGCUGCCUUUGAGGGUUGCACAAUAUGGCAAAUUGCCCGAGCGACAUCGGCCGCGACCACCUUCUUCAAACCGAUACAACUUGGCCGCGACAAGAUUGACUUUAUCGACGCGGGGUUCGGACAUAACAAUCCAUGCGAAGUCUUGAUUGAGGAGGCUCAGCGCCAGUAUCCCCAUCGCAAGCAUUUGCAAGUCCUCAGUAUUGGUACCGGACUUGGAAACGUCGUUUCCAUCAAGGAUUCCAGAGUGUCGAUACUGAAGGCUCUGAAGAAAAUGGCGACAACGUCGAAAAAUGUGGCGACAAGACUCGAAGAUCGCUAUGGUGGAAGCGGCAGCUAUUAUCGAUUCAACGUCGAACGCGGUCUCGAAGAUAUCACCCUCUCAGAUUGGCAGAAAACAAGCAACAUCUCUGCACACACUGGCAAUUACCUGAGGGAGAAUCGACGAGCAGUCAGUGCUUUCGUCCGCAGAUUUCUUGCCGAGCCAACACAAGAGGAAGCCGGUGUGGCUGAGCUUGAACCACAAUCUAGUAGCCGUACCCACUACUAUCUCCCUCUCCAAGAGAAUGAAUACUUUGUAAGACGCGCCAAGUUACUUGACGCUGUCCACAAAAAGUUGUUCAAAGAAUGUCGCCGAGAAGUCGCAUUGGUAGGCCUGGGCGGUGCAGGCAAAACCCAGAUUGCACUUCAAUUCGCACACGAUGUCAUGCAAAGCAGAUGGGACAGAAGCAUUUUCUGGAUCUCAGCGCUGAGCAAUGAAAGUUUCGACCAGUCGUGCUCGGCCAUCAUAAAUAUGCUCCGCAUCCAAAACGGCAAGGAAGAUCCCAAAGACUUGUUACGCAGCUAUUUCGGAUCAAAUGAGACCGAGAAGUGUCUCGUCAUUGUGGAUAAUGCUGAUGAUGGCGAGAUACUAUACGGCAAGAACGAUUCUGGUGGUCUCUACGAGUAUUUAUCGGGGCUUCAGCACGUACAAAUACUCUUCACAACUCGGUCUGACGAACUAGCAAGAAAGAACGUCCAACGUGAGGUAAUUCAUGUCACCGAUAUGGAAGCAGGUGAAGCAACAACACUCUUGAAGAAGCUGGCCGUCCCCGGGAUACUUCUACAAGAUGAGAGGCAGGUCAUGAAACUGCUUGACAAACUCACCUAUCUUCCGCUGGCAAUAUCUCAAGCCGCCGCCUAUUUGAGACGCAACGACAUUUCGAUUGCUAGGUAUCUCGAGCUUCUCCAUGGCGGGGAGGGAAGCAUGGUCGAUCUCAUGAGCCGAGAAUUCAAUGAUAGCACGCUUCAUGAGAAGUCGCAAAGGGCCAUAGCAACCACGUGGCUCGUAUCAUUUGAUCAGAUACGGAAGACUGAUGUGUUUGCUGCCGAAAUACUCGCUUUCCUGUCGUGCAUCGAGCCAAAAGCGAUACCCGAAUCAUUGCUCGAGGGUUUUCGUAAUCACACAAAAUUGGAGACAAUCGAAGCCCUCGGCACGCUUUCUGCAUAUUCAUUCGUCAAGAGGCGAGCGGACGGGAAGUUCUUGGAUAUGCAUAGUCUUGUCCAUUUGGCCGUUCGUAUAUGGUUAAAAGAAAGUCAACAGACCAAGACAACAACUCAAGUUGCUUUUGAACAGAUCAACAAGGAGUUCCCAUCGGAUGAGUGGGAGAAUCGCAUGAUCUGGCGAAAGUACAUGCCACAUGCUCUAAAGAUCUUGCAAGACAAGUCGACAUAUGACACGAGAACGAGACACGAUCUCAACUAUUGGGUCGGGCGCUGCCUAGAUUCCGAGGGAAGGUACUCGGACGCUAUCACUAGGCUGGAAGAAGCUUUUCACUGGAGCAAACAACACCUUCGGGAAGACGACUCAGUUCGGCUGAAUACACAACACACGUUGGCAUCAGCAUGUCUUGCAGACGGGCAGAUAAAAAAAGCAAUUAGAUUACUGAAGAACGUGGUCCGCAUUGAAUCGAUAUUAGCAGAAGACGACUCUAAUCGAUUAGGAUCGCAACACGCGCUGGCAUCAGCAUAUCUUAAAAACGGGCAAAUAAAAGAUGCAAUUGGAUUACUAGAGCACGUGGUCCGCAUUCAGUCGACGUUAGCAGAAGACCACCCUAAUCGAUUAUCAACGCAACACCAGCUGGCAUCAGCAUAUCUUGACAACAGGCAGAUGGAAGAUGCAAUUGGAUUACUGGAGCACGUGGUCCGCGUAAGGUCGACGUGGGCAGAAGACCAUCCUUAUCGAUUAUCAACGCAACACCAGCUGGCAUUUGCAUAUCUUGACAACGGGCAGAUAAAAGAUGCAAUUAAUUUACUGGAGCACGUGGUCCGCAUUAAGUCGACGUUAGCAGAAGACCACCCUAGUCGAUUAGUAUCGCGAUACGAGCUUGGCUGGGCUUAUCUGAGAAAUGGAAAUGCGAGUAGAGCAGCCGAGCUGCUUGAACCUGUCGUUGCCAUUCGAAACAGGAUACUCGCAGACGACGACCCAAGGCGAUUAAGGUCAGUGGAGCUCCUCGCGCGGAUCCAUGAAGCAUUGCGAGACUCGGACGAUACUGGAAAGAAGAAGUCACGAGGUCACAGGUAUCGUCGAGUAUGA